AUGAAUGUUUGCCUCAAAUGUUAUGAUCUAGUAUUUAUUACCGAAACAUGGUUAAAUUCUAAACAUGACAUUCCUUCUUUAUUGAUCAUAUUGAGUUCAAACUUUGGUGUUUACGUUGUGAUCGAUGUAAAAAGCAAGGAGCGAUUUUCUGUAUGUGAACAUCCAUCAGUGAUCGUUGGAGAUUUCAAAGCUACUCGAUCAUCGCUUGGCUCAGCCUUCUUAGAAACCCUGCCAGCCCAUAAAUUCAAGCAAUUCGUAGUUGAACCUACAAGAGAAAGAAGCAUUCUUGAUCUGAUAUUAUCCAACGAUGUUACACUUAUAGAAGAUGUGUCCGUGGAUCCUCCUAUUGGAAGCAGUGAUCAUAGCAGUAUUUCAUUCUUUAUCUCAAGUUGCUAUAGUGAGCCUCAAUUUACAGCCGAUUGGGAUAAGUUUCUUCGUUUCUCUCAGAAAUUUGACUAUUUCCUUAAAAAAUACAACAAAAGCAUCGAAAAUAAGAUUCUAAGGAAUAGAAACAAGUUGGGACUUGUAAAACUUCUGAAUAGGAAACUAAAAAUCCGUUCAAAAAUUUCUUGUCUGAAAAGGAAUGAAGUUGUUGCAGUACUAGAUGUGCAGAAAGCCAAUUUACUUGCUGAAAAGUUUUGUGAAGUCUUUUCUAAGAAUGAUGAUGAAGAACUUUUCAAGUCAAAAUAG